AUGGCCAGCUGCCAAAAGAAUGAGGAUAAAAGAUCAGAACCAAAUCACAAUCGCUUAAUGAUUUUCACAGGCUUGUACAACAGUCAAUACAUCAUCAAAAUAUUUAGUUGUGAUAUCUGUAUGCCUGUUUCACUAGCUAUAGAGUGCAGUGCAGAAAAAAAAGUGCAAAAUGCAUUGUUGGUUGAGCUGCUCCUGUCUGGAAAGCUAAGUGAAUAUGAUGUGAUUGUGCCCUUCAGUGUAGAUCACCAGGGACGGUUCCUAUCACAUGUGGUGUCUGAUUCACCGGCUCCUGCGCAUCACUCAGGUCGACACAGGACGGUUCGCAGCACCCCUAUGAAACAAGCCAUCUCUGGGAAUCACUUGUACUUCUUCAAUGUUAGUGUUUUGGGCAAGGAACUGCAUCUUCGCUUAAAACCCAACCAGAAGCUGGUAUCUCCUGGUGCUUUGGCUGAGUGGCAAGAAGAUUUCCAAGAAGUUUUUCGGGAACCCUUGAAGCAGGAAUGCGUCUUCACAGGAGGCAUCACAGGCAUGCCAGAGGCCACAGUGGCAAUUAGCAAUUGUGAUGGAUUGGCUGGCCUCAUUCGAACAGACAAUGGUGAAUUUUUCAUUGAGCCUCUGGAGAGAGGACAGUGGGAGAAAGAAGAGGAUGGGAGAGCUCAUGUAGUCUACCGCAGAUCUGCUAUCAGACAAGAAAGAACAGAAGCAUUUGAAGAUUAUCAUAAUGAAGAUUUCAUCUUGGGUCAGCUCCCCCAGGCUCUGAAUCUAAUUGAAGAUCAAAUGGGUGAAGCAGACAGGAAGAGGCGACAUGCAAAGAAGGAGGACUACAACAUAGAGGUUCUGUUGGCUGUGGAUGAUUCGGUUGUACGGUUCCAUGGGAAGGAGCAUGUCCAGAAUUACGUUCUCACCCUUAUGAACAUAGUAAAUGAAAUUUACCAUGAUGAAUCCCUGGGAGUGCACAUAAAUAUUAUCCUUGUUAGAAUGAUCAUGGUGGGAUACAGACAGUCCAUCACUUUAAUAGAGCGAGGGAACCCUUCUCGAAGCUUGGAGCAGGUGUGUCGCUGGGCUCAUUCCCAACAGCGUUCAGAUCCUGCACAUGCUGAAUAUCACGAUCAUGCUGUAUUCCUCACCAGGCAAGAUUUUGGUCCUGCAGGUAUGCAAGGUUAUGCUCCCGUCACUGGCAUGUGCCACCCUCUGCGUAGCUGCACUCUUAACCACGAGGAUGGAUUUUCUUCAGCCUUUGUAGUUGCUCAUGAGACAGGACACGUGUUAGGUAUGGAACACGAUGGCCAAGGUAACCAAUGUGCUGAUGAGACUGGCAUGGGCAGUAUUAUGGCACCACUAGUGCAGGCUGCAUUUCACCGUUAUCACUGGUCCCGAUGUAGCAAACAGGAGUUGAACCGUUAUAUACAUUCUUACGACUGUCUCUUAGAUGAUCCUUUUAUGCAGAACUGGCCCAGACGCCCAGAACUGCCAGGAAUUGAUUACACUAUGGAUGAGCAAUGCCGCUUUGACUUUGGUGUGGGAUACAAAACAUGCACAGCUUUCAGAACUUUUGACCCUUGCAAACAACUGUGGUGCAGCCAUCCGGACAACCCUUAUUUCUGUAAAACGAAGAAAGGGCCACCUUUGGAUGGAACGGAGUGUGCUUCGGGUCAGUGGUGUUUCAAGGGUCACUGCAUCUGGAAGACUUCAGAACAACCUUACAGCCAGGAUGGCGGCUGGAGUUCCUGGUCCAAAUUUGGUUCCUGCUCCAGGACUUGUGGGGGUGGGGUGCGUUCCCGCAGCAGGAACUGCAACAGACCACCCCCAGCUUAUGGUGGCCGCCAGUGUCCAGGUGCUACGUAUGACUAUCAGGUCUGCAACGCCGAAGAGUGCCAAGGUCCCUAUGAGGAUUUUCAUGCUCAGCAGUGUUCCAAGCGGAACUCUUAUUACACCCAUGAAAACUCUAAGCACACCUGGCUUCCUUAUGAGCACCCUGAUGAUGCCCAGAAAUGUGAACUAAUUUGCCAGUCUGAGGAAACUGGAGAUGUGGUAUUUAUGAACCAGGUUGUUCACGAUGGUACCAGGUGCACCUACAGAGAUCCAUACAGUAUCUGUGUAAGGGGUGAAUGUGUGCAUGUUGGGUGCGACAGAGAAAUAGGUUCCCUGAAGGAGGAUGACAAGUGUGGUGUUUGCGGGGGUGACAAUUCCCAUUGUAGAACAGUGAAGGGGACGUUGGUCAAAACCCCCAAGCAGUCAGGAUAUUUAAGGAAAUUUGAAGUACCUAGAGAAAAUGGCAGGCUUUUAGGAAAAAAAGACAACUGGAAAAGUUCAGUAGCAGACAUGGGUGGUGGUUAUAG